AUUACUACGACGACAAUGCCUCUUCCAGCGGCGCCCCAGCCCACUCUCGCGCCGCCCAUUCUCCAGCAGCAGCCCACUCGCGCACAAAAAAACCGGCCGCAUCAGCGACCCCGCCAUAGCAAAAGCAGUAGCCAUGAACGCCAGCGGGCCCGCGCCACUCGCCGCCAUGGAAACCGCGUCGCGCGACAUAGACGCCAUGCAAGAGGACAUUGGGGUGCUGCAGGGGACUGUUGUGCGGGCGGAUCUGCGGCAGGUGGGCAGCCCGCUGAGCCUGGGCUUCUGGCGCUACUUUUGGAGCCUGCUCAAGGCGAAGGCUACGGGGUUGUACUCGCGCUCUCAUUAUAGAAUGUGCAUUCAGAAGAUUGGGUGGACUCGCUAUCUGCCUGUUGAGACGGGGAAUAAUCCGCAGUUGAGGGAUCGCGCGAAGAGGCUUUAUGAGCAGUUUUAUAAGGCGCUUGCUAGCGGCGACGCCACCCCCAUACAAGAUCUCUGCCUCCCCCCCAUCCUCAGACGCCUCGACAUACGCAUCGCCUCCCGCGGCCCCAUAACCAUGACCUGGAACGUCCAAACCUGGAAAUCCGCACGCGUCGUCUCGCACCGCGCCUCGGCCCAAAGCGAAGACGUAGCCCCAGACACAGCCUACCGCCAAGUCGUAAUCCGCCUCGAAACCGUGCAAGUCCUGUCCAUCCAGCCCACGAACGCGCCCACCAAGGCCCCGCGCAGUAGCACCAGCAGUGCGCGCGGAGUCCCGCGGUGGGUACCCGACGGGGCGCCGGACGCCAAGGCAGCCAGAGUCGUCGAGGCUCAGAGCAGCGAUGUCGAGCAGCUGCCUUUUGUGGAUAACGGCGUGCCGCGCACUGUCGUCGAGUAUCUUGUCAUGCAGCGGCGGGUGGUGAGGGGGGUUGAGGAGAACUGGAAGAUUUGGGGCUUUAUGCAACCUAGUACGCCUGCGAGCUUGAAGGUCGAUGAGUCAUAUUGGCGGAAGACGCUGGAUGCUAAUCUGGCGAUGUCGAGGUCGCGGUAGAGGGGUAGAUGUACGGCGAGAGAGAGAAAGCAUGAGUGGGGAAGCUCUCGUCUCUCCCUCUCUCCCUCGCUCUGUGCUGAAUAGAGCAUACGAUACUCGAUUGUAAAAUAGUUGGACAAAGUAGUUGUACAGUAUUUUUCUACAAGGACGAUCCGGUCCCUACCCCACCCCACCCACCGUCAUGCUAGUAUAACAUCGUCUAUCUGCCCGUGUCUUGC